ACUUCGAGGUGCUCGCAAGCACCCUUGUCUACCUUCGGGUGGAUUUAGAUAGCUGCGCAGGCCGAUGAUUUCACCUUUUCGGUGACGUCAUCGUAGUCCGUUGCGCGGAUGUCCCGACGUUGAGCGAACCAUUGUUUACCAGAUCAACGAUCAGCACUCAAACCGACACACAUCUAACAUCAACACCACACAGCAACAACAACAUGUCUGACUUUGGAAGCUACGGCGGCAGCUCUAUGGAGGCCAAGAAGCAGCAGGUUAUGGACCAGGUUCGCAGCGAACUUGCCCUUGCCAACGCUCAGGAGUUGAUCAACAAAAUCAAUGAGAAGUGCUUCGCCAAGUGCGUCCCAAAGCCCGGUCCUAAGCUGAGCGGUGGAGAACAGGACUGUCUUUCCAAAUGCAUGGAUCGCUACAUGGAGGCAUGGAACAUCGUCUCUAGGACCUAUAUCAACAGAGUCCAGCGCGAGUCGCAGAACAUGGGAGGUGCCGGUGGUCUUUAAAUACACUUGGCUUUGUCAAAUCUGUUUUCAUUUCUACUAUACUGCCAAAUUUUUGUCUCCACCACGUCUUUUCAUAUUUUUUUCUUGGAAGCAGAAAGUAGUAACAAUAGACCAACGUAUUUUGUACCACAUCGCAAUAAAGCCGAACGGACUGCCUAUAAACUUUCAACACAGCAGUACGUGAUAAUGUUGCACAAACGGCACAAAA